AUUGAACUUCGUAGUGAAGUGGAAUCAUGUUCAAGAAAACUAGUUGUCAAUUUUAUGGUAUAGUUGUGUCCAUUUUAUUUUAUGGGAUCUAUGAAAUUGAAUGUGGUCAGUUAUGUCUUGCUUGUAGUGAAAUGAAUAAUUUAGAUGACUGCCAACAAUUUGUAAAAUGUGAUAAUGACCAGAUUUGCUAUCAACACAAAUACAGAACUGAACAAAACCUAACCAGAUAUGAUACUGGCUGUACAUACCCUGAUCUUUGCACCAAACGACAUGCAACCGGAAUAAUAUUUGGAAAACGAAACAGUCAGCACAGUCAUAUUAUUUGCGAGAGUUGCUGUAAUGAAACCUUACUUUGCAAUAGAAACACAAUGUGUAAUAGUCUCACUGUAGCUCCCAUCCAGAGUUGUCUUUCAUGCAGCGGAGUUUCAGAUCCAUCAAGAUGUAAUACAACCACACAAUGCCUGGACAAUGAAAUCUGUUACCUACACAAAUACAGAACAACUUUGAACCAGGAAAGAUAUGAUUUAGGAUGCAAGCAUUCAGCGCUUUGCCUUCAUGGACAAAUCAACAAAUUUGGACGUCGGUCAUCGAGUGCUCACCACAUGAUUUGUGAGAGUUGUUGUAGUGGUACUUCAAAUUGUAAUGGUGAAUUGCAGUGUGUCCACAAUAACCAGAAGACAAUCAAUGCAACGUGUAUAUCGACCAACGAAUGUAAAGGUAACCUGAUUUGUUCCUCACAUCGUUGUCAAUGUCCAACAGAAGAUUACUACUGGAAAGAAAUAAAGUGUUAUAGCAAAAAAAAAUACAAUGACCAGUGUAACUCAUCAAACGAAUGUAGUGAUUCGUUACUUUGUGACCUUGGUAAAUGUCAUUGUUCUAAUACAACACACUGGAAUGGGACAUUCUGUAUACAAAACACACCAUGUAGUUCAUCUCCCUGUGUCAAUAAUGGUGUAUGCAUUGACGUUGGAAGAUUCUACAACUGUUCAUGUCCACCAGGAUUUUCUGGUCACAACUGUGAAAUGACACCGUGCAGCAGUUCUCCUUGUCUAAACAGCGGAGUUUGUUAUGUUGUAAACAGUGAUUUCAUAUGUGUUUGUCCAAAAGGAUACUCCGAUAUCCGGUGUCAAGUUACCCCUUGCGAUAAGAUGGUAUGUUUGAACGGAGGCAGAUGUUUAUCAGCAAAUGGUACUGCUGCUUGUAAUUGCAGAUCUGGAUUCUCGGGAACAGUUUGUCAAGUUACCCCAUGUUCCUCUAACCCUUGUAUGAACUCAGGCUCUUGUUUGAUACAGAAAAGCAAUUACAGCUACACUUGUCGGUGUCCGAAUGGAUUUCUAGGUGAACAUUGUGAAGUCUCACCGUGUUCUCCGAAUCCAUGUAAAAAUUCUGGACAAUGUGGAAUAGUGACAAAUAACGACAGCUAUAUUUGUCACUGCCAAAACGAGACCUUUGGAGACCUCUGCGAAGUGUCGUACUACCAAACAAUUUACUCCUCUGGAUAUCCGUCCAGAUAUGUUAAUGGUGUUCAUCAAAGUUGGAUACUUUAUGCCGAAAUUGGAAGUACUAUUAGAAUCAAAUUCCGUGAUUUUCAUACAGAGAAAUGUUGCGACCACGUUACAGUUCACGAUGGAAGAUAUACCAACAAUGAUACAUUAGCAGAUUACACUGGAUCUAUGCUGGGUGUUCAAGUGAACAAUUCAACUGGACAAUAUAUGUUAAUAGACUUUAAAGCAGAUGGUUCUAAUGUGGAUGUGGGAUUCAGAGUGGAUGUUUAUAAAGUAAAAAUAUGA